AACUGGCCAUCACGUACCCGUCAAGUUCCGCCCGGUUGCCAACGCGGAGAAGGUGUUGGCGGAGAACUCGUUGGCAAAGCGGACACGCCCGCCAACAGGCUCCAAUUUUGUGUGCUCGGCGGUCCAUACAUUCGGGGCAACUGGAAGAGCCUGUUGGAGACCCCACCCUCCGCCCUGUCGAUCGCUGCGGCGCUACGCAUGUCGUGGGCUUGUGGUUUGUUUCUAGGUUGGAAUUCCCAUCUUCCGACUGGUCAGAAGCAGGCAAACCGGUCCUUGCGGGUGACCCGUCCGCGCCUCCGCGCCGAGUCAAGCGUCAGGGCGGGCUGGAACCGCGUGGCGUCGGAUUCCCUCUCAAGCGCCUCGAACCAGUCCCAUUUUCCCUCUCCCCCCCCUCCCGUUCGGCGGUACGCCCAGGUACCCGUACGUUGCGUUGCGUUGUACCUGCAUCCGCCGUCAGCUCAAAGUCAUCCUUCUCAGCCCCUGGGCCUUGGCCCCCGUGGCCCCCUCUCCUCAAUGCUCCUUCGAGGCUCCAAGAGGAACAGCGCCGACAACUCCCGUGCUGGCAUAGGUCGUGGCCGACGCCUUGCCGAUGGACCGCCCCCUUGGCCCCCUUCUACUUGGGACCUGAACCGAGGACUAGCACGAGCCAAAGAGCGUUUGGUUCCUGAGCCGUUCCUGUCAUUAAACCUAAUUUGGGCCUCUUGGGGACCCAUGAGCGAUUUUCACCCCCUGACAGGGCGCACCCCCCUUUCCUUGUUGGGCCUUGGCCAUUUGUGCCAUGUUUCCUCCUCUCCCGGUCUUUUCUCCGACUUUGGCAGAAUCUUUCUUGGGGUUGCCAGACUGACGAACUCGAGCCUCGAGGUGUCCUCCUUGCCUAGCGUAAUGUUUUAA